CUGAAGCCAUGGAUCACGCAGAAGAUCACCGAAAUUCUCAAGAUGGAAGAUGAUGUGGUCAUCGAUUAUGUCAACAAUCAACUUGAAGAGAAGCGCGCCGCCGUCGCCGCCGCCUGCCGUCGCCAGCCGUCGCAGCGCGCCGCGGCCCCACUCUUACGGACGCCAUUAGCAUUCUCAAUCGAUGCAAGAGCUUGAAGAGCGAAGAGAGAAAUGUACGAGGCGGAGUCGCGGCGGCGCGAGCGGCGGCGGGCGGCGCGGCGGCGCGGCUCGCCUCGCGCAGCGGCGGCCGGCCCGCGCUCUUCUGCCUCGUGCCUUAUGUAUCUGUGUUCAUCACGGCUCUCGCUUCCCUACCCGAGUCAUUUUGACGCCUGUCGCAUCCGCGUUGCAUCUAUACAAAGUGGCGCUCUUAACGUCCUUCAUUUAUGUCUCCGACAACUAUUGAAACCGAUAUACUAUUAGCGAAGGGAUAUUCGAAACGAGACCGGGUGUAUGUUGGUUUGAUAAAUUGAACAAAUUAAUAACGAUAGAAUGUUUUCUUUCCCGAUCCGUAUCCUCGGCUCCUAGUUCCCUUGUCCAAAGAAAAUGCAGAUUAACUUGACGGGAUUCCUGAACGGCAAGAAUGCGCGGCUGUUCAUGGGCGAGCUGUGGGAGCUGCUGCUGAGCGCGCAGGCCAGCGAGAACGGCAUCCCAGACAGCUUCACACAGCAGAAGAAAGAAGAAAUCAAAAAGAGAAUGGAGGAGCAGAAGGACAAGGAGAAGGACCGGCGGCGGUCGCGGUCGCGGUCGCGCAGCCGCCGCCGCUCCCGCGAGCGCCGCCGCUCGCGCACCAGGUCCCGCGACCGCUCCAGCGAUAGGAAAAAGCGUGUUAGCAGGCACCGCAAUGGCGGUAGUCCGCGUCGCUCGCGCCGCCGCAGCCGCAGCCGCAGCCGGAGCCGCGACCGCAGCCGCAGCCGCGACCGCGACCGCAGCCCCGCGCCCGCGCACAGCGCACCUGCCGCAGUUCCCGUCGCCGCUGCGCCCGCGCCCUCGCCCGCGCCCCCGCCAGCCCCGGCCCCCGCGCCCGCGCCUGUCGCCGCCCCCGCCGCAGCCAACUCCAGCAUUGACGACAUCAAACUACCAGACCCUAAAGAAAAUGGCAAGUCACCGGAGAAGAAAGAAGACAAGGAGAAGUUAGAAGAUGACCACAACUCUACUGCGGAGAAUGUGAAGGAAGAUAAACCUGAAGAAGUACCAAAGGAGGAGAAGACGGAAGAGGAUGGGAAAAAAUCUAGAUCCGUUUCACCUGCUAAAUCGACUGCUGGCGGCGCUGAGAAGGAAGCUGAGGCGAAACCUCCGGAGAAAACACGACACUCGUCCAGCGAGAGAAGAUCCACUUCCGCCUCGUCUCACGGCAGCGCGAAGAAGCGGUCGUCGCACAAGAAGCGGCAGUACCGCUCCAACCGCGACUCCUCCACCAGCGUCAGCCCGCGGCGCAGCUCGCGCAGGGAAAGGAGUAAAUCUAGACGGCGCAGUCGUCGUCGGUCCGUGGACCGCCGCGAGCGGGAGCGCGAGCGAGAACGCGAGAGGGAGAGAGAGCGCCGCCGCCGCGAGAGAGACAGGCGCGACAGGUCCCGAGAGCGUCGUCGAUCGCUCGAGAGACGUAGACGGUCGCGAUCGCGCUCUCGACGACGUUCAAGAGACAGGUCCCGUGACCGUCGCCGCUCGCGCUCCCGCAAGCGCUCCCGCUCGCACCGCCGCUCCGGCCGCCGCUCGCGAGACCGCCGCUCGAGGGACCGACGCUCCAGGGAUCGCCGAUCCAGGGACAGGUCCAGGGAAAGAAAAUCCCGUGAUCGCACUAGAGACAGGAGGUCUAAGGAGAGGAAGUCUCGUGAAAGAAGGUCCAGUGACAUCAUUAAAGAACGCUUAGAAAAAUCUGUGUCUAUACCGAGAAAAGAGAUCUUUGAAAAGUUACCGAAGCCAAUUGAACGUACUUCUAUCCCUCCUGAACAAAACUCGAAAGAGCAUGUAUCGAGUUCAAGUCGAGAAUCGUCGGUUGCAAAUGACAAGUCUGCUGCGGUUAGUGACAGUCGACCUAAAGUAGCUCAAGUUUCGGAUGACGAAGACAGAGAAGAUUUUUUACCUAUCCCAUUCACACGUGAAUAUUCUAAGAGUCUGUCUCGUACCCCAUCGCCUUACUUAAGAAAACAAGAAGUUGAAAGUAACAAAAAAUCCGAUAGAUCCGCGGACGAUGCCUCGGGUAAAGAGCAAAAUGACGAAGAAACUAAAACACAAGAACCUAAAAAGUCGAAGCGAAAGGCUCACCAAUCAGAUAGUGAAAGUGAAACUAGUGAGGAAGUGGCUAAAGCUAAGAGUAAGGCUAAACUCAAGAGAAAGGAGAAAACUACCUCAAAACGACCUAAAAAACCUAAAAAAGAAAGCUCUUCUAGUGACAGCGAUUCCGAAGAUUCAUCUUCUAGUGACUCUGAAGAAGAUAGAAAGAAGAAAAGCAAGAGAAGCGCGAAAAAGAAGUUAGCAAAAAAAUCCAAAAAGAAGCGCGCUCGGUCAUCAAGUUCGGACUCCAGCUCAGAAGAGGAAGUGAAACACAAGAGUUCAAAAUCAAAACAAAAGAACAUUCCAGAAGAAUCUGAUUCUGAGAAAAAACCGAAAAAGAGGACCAAAGAAGCGAGUAUGGAUCGCUCAAAAAUUGAAAAGUUGGACAGUAAACAGUUAAAGUUAAAAAAAGCAGACAAUUCAGAGGAUUCCCAUGACGAUAGUUCAGACAGUGAUGCAAAAGCUAAUAAGAAGAAAGUUGCAAAACAUGAUUCUAGUAGUUCAGAGAAAGAAAUAAAACGAAAGAAACUGGAAUCGGUUAAAGAAAAAGCCAUUUCUCCCGAGAAUGUGAAGCCUCGUAAGGGCGAGGAGAAGCCUGUCAGAGCGAAGCAUGUGGAGGAAACAAAGUCUAAAUCUCGCGACGAUAAUGAAAAGAAAGGGAAGAAACGAGAGAAGGAAGAAUCUUCCUCCGAUAGUGAUCAUGUAUCAAAAAAGAAACCUAGAAAGAAAGUUUCCGAUUCCGACUCUGAUUCUGAGAGUGAUGAACCCAAGAAAUCUAAGAAAAACAAAAAGCAUAAGAAGCAUUCGAAAAAACAUAAGAAACACAAGAAACAUAAGAAAUCUUCGAAGAAGAAGGAUGAUUCUUCCGAUAGCGAGGAAGGUGAAGAAGAAGAGGAGGAAGGAAGAGUGAAUAAUGAGGACCUGGAGAAGAAGCUACGCGAAAGAGCGUUGAAAUCCAUGAAGAAGCAGGCUAGUGCCUCCGGGUCUGAUUAAAACCGUCGUUUCAUAACAUUGUCGUGUAAGUUUUCACUUUCAUUGGUUUAAUUUUACGGUAUGUAACAAUUUAAGAUAAUAUGGCAUAUAAUUUACAUAAUACGUGAAUGUCUUAUUGUUAGUAAUAAAGUUUUAAACAUA